ACUUGGGAAGGGAGCCCUUUUGCCUGCCUCUGAGUGUUUUUCCUCCUAGGAGACCCUUGAAUGGAGCCCUCGUGAGCAAGGGAGGAUUUGGUGGAGGCUUCUGCUGCAGUUCCCGGAAAGGUCUGGGAAGGGGGCUGGGAAGGCUUCCCAGAGUAGAUCAUCCAAAUUCGGUUUUGAAGGCUUUGAUUGCUUUUUGUAAUGACUUUGCUGUUCCUAAAGCACUGGGGACAAUCCUCUCUCAACAAUGAGGCCAAAGUGAGCAAGUGGUCAGGGCCAGACCCAGAGAAUGGUUCUCUGUGCUUCUCCCUUUGACUCAACCUCUCCCUAUCCUUCCCCCGAACAGCCAAGAGGGAAUUCCCCACAAUCCCCCACUUGCCUCUUUAAGAAAGCCACGCCGGCCCUGAGCUCUCUCUUUCUUCUGGCCCCAUGACCUGGAUGGUGGUGGUAAUGGCCAAGGGGUCUGGCCAAGUGUCCUUGGGACUCUGUGUCUGCUCUGGGGAGCAUGAUCCAACUGAGAAGAUGCAUCCAUCUCGGCCAGCCCCUUUGUGCUUGACACAGGGUGGCUCCAUGGUUUGUCGCUACCGUCAGCUAUCUUUGGCUCAGGCUGUCUGCCAGGUCCGGGUCGGGGCUGACCCAAAUGAAUCCAAGAGGUGCAAGUACUGACCAAGGUCUCAUCCCAGUGGGUGCCCCCAGGAGGCCUGCCAGCCGUGGCCAUCCAAAGAAACGCGUUCCGAAGCUGCCUCUCCAUCCCCAGGAAGACUGCAGAGCUGGGCUCGGCUCUGGGCUGCUCUCUGCCAUACUCGCCUGUUUGCCACUUCGCUGCAGAGCAGAUGGAUGACACAGAGGCACCAUUUUUCUCCCACAGCAGCGGGAAAAUGAAUCUCGCCAAGUGUUGCCGACACCAUCCUACCAGGUUCCACAUCCAUCGCCAACCGGGGCUGCUGACAGAGCACAGGCCCAUUCCUCAGCCCUGCGCUGGGGCCCAGGGGAGAGAGGGGCGAACAUUUAGCAUCUCUCUCUUGCUCACGGCAGUCCCUUGGCUCCCCGCAGAUCCAUCCGUUGCCCGGGGCUGCCCAAGGCUUUUGUUGCUGCAGACCUGGUGCUUGACAUCUCUUGGGAAGGGAGGCUCCAGGACAGGCAGAAGGUGGGGGCAAAGAGGAGGUACCAGGUACACAACCUUGCAGCAUGACAAAGGGCAUCAGUCACCAAAAUGCCCAAAGCCAAGUCUGUCUGGGAAGGAGGCAUCAGGGAACAUGGAAGAUGGAACGUGGUCGGGAGCCCUGCAUUUGAAUUCUGCUCCUAGGAUCUAGGACCUUGGACAAGCCUGGAUCUUGGUUUCUUUCACUAUUGGACUGGAUUCCUUCCAGUGCUAGGGACUGGUGAUUCCAGACCAAACACAUGUGUUGUGAUUUUAAAGACAUGGUACUAAUUAUUGUUCACCAUUUACUGAGCACUUACUAUGGGGCUUAAGCAAUAUGGAGAAGAUCGCUGAUCUCCAUGAUGACCUUGGGAAAAAGUCCACUUCAGUCCCAUUUCAUGGUCUGGGUGACUGAGAUACUGAUAGGACAGUAGUAAGUAGCAGAACCGACAUUAAAACCCAGCCCUCUUGACAUCGAUGUCCUUUCUUCCUACUACGUGACAUGACCAUCUCGGGGAGCAGACACUCUUGGGAGCCUGGGCCAUAGGGAAACUCAAUAAAGGAAUAAGUGAUUGAAA